AGCAACAGGGGAAACGGUCUGCGCUUGCGCACGGUUCAGCGUCGGGGAGGUAAAAUGGCGACGGGUGCCAUUUCCACGGAGUGCAAGAAAAUAUCAGAAUUAAGAGUUGUUGAUCUAAAGUCUGAGCUCAAACGAAGGAAUUUGGACACGUCUGGUAUAAAGAGCGUGCUUCUCUCCAGAUUACGACAGGCUCUUGAGGAUGAAGAUGGUGACACAGAAAAUAUUCAAAUCGAGCUUUCAACUGACACAUCAAAUCGGAAAAGUGGGAAAGCUAAAGGGAAGAAAGUGGAUUCCGAUGCGGACACCACAGGGGAGGAAGAUGGGCUAUCAAAGGAAACUGAAGAAUAUGAAUCUGAAAAAGAUGUAACUGAUACAGAUGAUGGUACUCGUGAAAAUUCUAAGCCUGCACCCUGUGAGGACAGCCUUGCUCAGCCUGAGGCUGAGGCACUGGCUGAGGCUGAACCAGAGUCAGAAGCUGUGGCGGCUGAGGCAGAUUCAGAGCCUGAGCCAGAGGUGGAUGCAGAGUCAGAGGCCAACCGUGAGGUGGAUGCUGAGGCCGACCCAGAGAUGGAUGCUGAGGCCGACCAAGAGGUGGAUGCUGAGGCCGACCCAGAGAUGGAUGCUGAGGCCGACCCAGAUGUGGAUGCUGAGGCCGACCCAGAUGUGGAUGAGGAUGCCUACCCAGAGGUGGAUGAGGACACCUACCCAGAAAUAGAUGAGGAUGCUGAGCCAGACCUGGAGCCCGAACUGGCUGAGAUGGAUGCUGAAGCCAUGAAUUCCUCUAAAGAAGCCGAGGACGAUCACCUGUCCGUCUCAAUCCCAAAUGACGAUGCCAUCACCCUAGAUGUUGAUGGUGAUGAUCUCCUGGAAACAGGUAAACAUGUGAAACUUCCAGAUCCAGAGGCCGAGAAGGGCACUGACGAGCCAGAGGCCUCUGCUGAGACGGCCCCAGAUGAUUACAUGACGGAGGAAGAGACAGAGGGCCACAAAGAUGGUAAGAAAGAUGAUGGGUCCAGGAGUGAUCCCACGAAGAAAGACGGCAGAGAGGUCCUGAAGAAAGCUGAAACGGGAGACAAAGAAAAGGAUUCUGGGAAGAAAGGCCCCUCCACUUCUGGGGCAUCAGGUCAAGCAAAGAGCUCUUCAAGAGACAGAGAUGGAAAAGGUGCAAAAGAUGAAAAGGGAGCCGUGAGCAGCAGCAGCAGCAACAGCAGCUCUUCUCGUAACAUAUGGGUGAGCGGCUUGUCCUCAAACACCAAAGCAGCUGUUCUAAAGAACCUGUUUGGCAAAUAUGGAAAGGUUUUGAGUGCCAAGGUGGUUACAAACGCACGCAGUCCUGGUUCAAAGUGUUAUGGCUUGGUGACCAUGUCCUCCAGUACAGAGGUGACACGGUGCGUCUCCCACCUCGACUGUACAGAGCUCCAUGGACAGCAGAUAUAUGUUGAAAGGGCCAAAAAUGAUCCGUUCAAAAAAGAGGGCUCAAAGAAGGAAGCUGAGGACAAAGCAUGUUCCAGCAAAUCAAGUGAUAAGCGCAGUUCUACAGGGAUGAAACUGACCAACAAAGCACAGCCAUCUUACAAAAAGGAGGAUAAACUCUCAGAAAAGGACAAAGAUUUGUCCAAGAAACAGGAGGCCAGAAGUGGAAAAUCUGAGUCAGUCUCAUCCAACUCUGGACAAGAAUCUCUGAAGAAAGAUGACCGAAAGCAUGGACGAAUGAAGAGCCCAGGCAAGAUGGUCAUGUUACAUCACCCUAAAGGAGAUUCUAAUUUUGGCAAAAUGAGACCUUUUAGAAGGGGAAGGUAUUUUGAUAAACCCUUCAUCAACAUGAAUAUUCAAAGGAGGCCAAAAUGGUUGAUUCCUCCUGAAGAGUUAGAGAUGAUGAGAGUCAAACCACGACCUUUUAUUAACAAGGGGGAAGAGAUUGACAUCCUGCCUUUUGAAAAGAUGAAGGAGCAAAGGAUGCGUGAACGGGUGGCUCGUAUGGAACGCGUCCGUAGAGCCGUAGAGUUGCGCAGGCGCCGUGAAAUUGCCGAACAAGAACGCCGGGAGCGUGAGCGCAUCCGUCUGUUACGGGAGCGUGAAGAACGAGAGAACCUGCUCCGGGAGCGCCACAGGCUUGAGAUGGAAAGACAAAAACUGGAGAGGGAGCGCUUGGAGAGGGAGAGGCUUGAGAGAGAAAGGAUCCGUAUUGAGCAGGAACGACGUAAAGAGGCAGAGCGUAUGGCACGUGAACGUGAGGAGCUGCGAAGGCAGCAGGAGCAGCUCCGCUAUGAGCAAGAAAAGAGGAACAACCUCAAAAGGGGUCGUGAAGUGGAACACGGGCGUAGAGACGAUUCUUAUUGGAAUGGCAACAAGAAGAUGCAGUCUGAGUCUGAUGUCCGUUUGAACCAAGGCUCGAACUACAACCGACAGCAGAACCGCUUUUCAAACUUCACUCCCAGAGAGAGGGGCCGCUUUCCAGAGCCUGCUGCCGAGCAGCCCAACACGUAUGACAGACGUAGCCGGUUUGACGGUGAGCCAGAGCCAAAGAAGAGUCGCCCUGCUCCUCACAGAGAGAGCUCUGGCUUUGAGCGCUACCCCAAGAGCUUUGAAACAGUACGCAGAGCUGAGCCACCUCCUCCUCCACGCACCGAACUCCGGGACACUGACCGCAGGGACCGAGAUGAGCGGCGGCCUGUGCCCAUGCAUGAUCGCCCGAUGGGAGCCAGAGCUGCAAUGCCUGGCAUGUCGCACAACCGCUCACCGAGGGACGGAGGGCAUGGAUGGAAGAACGAUGGUGGCAUGAACUCCAACAAGGGAGAUAUACGUAAUGCUGGGUUGACCAGAGGACCUAUGCGCAUGCGUGCAGAGCGAUCAGGCAGAGAAGGUCCAGGUCCAGUACUUAGAGGAGGCACCUCGGCAAACCGUGGAAGGAGUAGCUUUAAUGAUCGAGACGGAGGGAGACCCAUGGUGAUGAGUAAUCAGCCAUUCAGCUCUGGCCGCCAGGUCGUGGUGGAGCGUCACAACAGGGAUCAGGGACUGAGGAAGGAGUGGCACGGUGGUUCAAGCUCCCAGGGCAGGGGCUUCCCUGAUAAUCGCAGAAUGGGAGACAGCCGGGGCAGCAUGAUGGCUCCUUCCAGUCACUCUUCGUCUGGAAUGAACCGUAUUGUACAGAUCACCAACAACUCCAUCCCCAGUGGCGGCAACGUGGGUGGAUUCAAGCCCUUCAAAGGAACGCCGCGGCAGUUUUAACUGCAUUCAAAUUCUGCCACUUUAAAACACCUGAAAAUGUAAAGACUUUUCUGAACUCUGUAUUUUUAGAAUAUCAGCAGUUUUAGGUGGCACAUUUGUAGCCAUGAGGUUGAUGACACUAUUUUAUUUUGUAUAGAUACGUGCUUACCUCGAUGUAGAGUUCUCCUGACGGUUCUGCUGUUACCAUAAAACAACCCUUUGCGUACGUUUUACUUGACAUUUAGGAAGAUAUUGUACAGCUCCAGGUCUUUGUAACAAGUUUUCAAGUGAUGUUAUGAACGUUCCUCUAACUGAGUGUUGUAUGUAUAUUUUCAAUAGCGUAGUGUCACACUCAGUAGUCCUGUGAAAUAUGUCUUAUUUUAGUGUAUUAUAGAGUGCAGUAAAUGUCAGGGAUCAUUCACUCAUUUGGAUUUUUUCUCUGUGAGGAAACAGAUGGCAUAGGAAUUUUUUUUUUUGUUUGUUUUUGAAGUCAUACUUUGUGUGGAUGUCCUGUUUUGUCGGAUUUGCUAAAAUGUCAAACUGUAAACUAGCCUGCAUUGUAGCAAAAAUACUCUUAUAGGCCAUGAGUUGAGUUGCAUACAGGCCUGUGAGUCUGAAAUAAAAUUUGACAUUGAAAUCUGUUACUGCAAAGCAUUCACUGGUGUUAGUCCCUGAAAGGACCAUCACACUUUAUUGGAUUUGCUCAUUGUUAUUCCAAGGAUUCUGCAAAUUCGAUUACACCUGGUUUUCUCAGUCAGUUCACAGCCUUUAGUCUGACUACAAGAGGAUAUGAUUUCGUAAAUCACAUGAUGUUGGGACACACUGUGUACAAAAUGUAACCUUGUGAUACAAGCAGGAAGUACUUUGACAGCUCGCAGAAAGUUUUAGAACACCGCAUAAAAUAUGCAUGUUGAUUAAAACUGCAAAAGGUUGACACUUUAGUGGAGCAGACAUUAUCAGCUGUGACUAAAACAUCACCUUAAAGCUCCCUAAUGCUUUUUCUGUUAUAGUUGUAUUUUUUAAAUUUAAUUUACAAACUGUUAUGAACUGUUUUGUCCUUUUUAAUAGUUGGACCAACACAUCCAGGUUUGAACUGCAUGGAUUACCACAUAAUUGACCUGAACACCUGUCAGAAGUGAUUGAUAAAGCUUGAUUAAAUUACAGAAAACUGCUGAGCAGAAUGACUUGUGCUGAUUGUCGUAGUAGCCUCAUU